AUGCCAACGGAGUUUGAAGAUGCCUGGGCUGAACUAGUGCACAAGUACAACCUGGAGAACGGCCAGAUGAUGAUGCAGCUCUGGAGUGAUAGGAAGAUGUGGAUUUCAGCAUAUUACAAGAACAUUUUCUGUGCUAGAAUGACUUCCACACAACGAAGCGAGAGCAUGAACCACGUGCUAAAGAAAGGGUUUGUCAAGGGGACCCAGAACCUACACAAGUUUGCUAGGCGGGUCAAUGCUUGCAUACAAACUCGGAUGCAGAAGGAGAACGAGCAAACAAUGACCAGCAUGACCAAUCCUGUGACAAAAACAACUUACGACUACGAGGAAGACAUUUCUAUCAAGUACACGAGAGCCGUUGUAGCUGAUCCAGAGAAUGAAAUAUACGAGUGUGAAUGCAAGCUCUGGACACACACAGGCCUGUUCUGCCUUCACAUCAUGAACAUACUGGACUACCUCAAGCCCGACAAAUUUCCAAACAAGUAUAUCCUCAAACGUUACACAAAGACUGCAAAAUCACAACCAACCUUUCAUACAAUGGACUACAACACAACCGCAUCGGAUGGCAGCUCAAGGCUAUCGAAGCAAGACAUCUUGCUGCAGCUGAAUUUGAUGGUUAACAAGAAAGUGAUGAGAUGUGACCAGCAAUAUGACAGAGCCUACUAUGUUCUCAAGAGGCUCGUGGAAGAGCUUGAUGCAAUACAUUCAACAAAUCAAGCGGAUGCUGACGAAAGGAUGGCUGAAGAGGACACUGAAAUUGAAGAUGACCUUGAUUAUUAUGCAGCUGAAAUGCUCAACGCCACCGCUGAAGCCAACCAAUGCAAGCAGGGUGAUGGCCAAUCAAUGGAGCAGCGAUAG